CUCGGUCCCUGCAUGGUUCUGCAUGACAUCGAUAGAUUAAGAGAGCUCUACUUGCACCUAUCACCUCCUCACCCUCUUGAUUUUAUCACUUUCAUAGCCUUGUCACUCAAAGAUGCCAAUUGGAGUUGCGAUUAUCGGAAGUGGCAAUUUUGCCAAAGAGCAGCAUUUGCCUGCGGUCAAAGCUACCGCCGACCUACAGCUCAAGGCCAUUUAUUCCCGAUCCUUGAAGUCGGCCCAGACUCUGGCCAGCGGGACGCCAGAUGUCGACCUCUACUCGGAUGACUCCGGUACUGGCAAGUCCUAUGAUGAUCUGCUAGCCCGUUCAGAUAUCGGUGCUGUGAUUAUUGGCCUCCCUAUCUUGGCUCAGCCCGAGUUCAUCAAGAGGGCUCUUACCGCGGGCAAGCAUGUUCUCUCGGAGAAGCCUAUUGCCAAGGAUGUGGCUACAGCUCGGGAGCUUCUGCAAUGGUAUCAGAAGAGCAUCGAUCCUAACAAGACUAUCUGGGCCGUGGGCGAGAACUUCCGGUAUAUGACCAAGUUCCUCUUCGCCGCCGAAAAGGUUCGGGAACUGGGCCGAGUCCGGCAAUUCCGAGUCAACGUCCAGAGUCGGGUGAAGGAGGAUAACAAGUACUACUUGACAUCCUGGCGCAAGACCCCGGAAUACCAAGGAGGAUUCCUCCUGGACGGCGGUGUGCAUAUGCUUGCCGGUCUCCGCUUGAUUCUUGGUUCUACGGAGCAUCUGGCUGUGGUCUCGGCUCAGACGCAACAGCUGCAGGACUACCUGCCGCCGGUUGAUACCGUUGAUGCGGUCGUUCAGACCAAGUCUGGUGCUACGGGUGUCGUCUCCCUGUCAUGGGGUUCAGACUUUAAUGACAACUCGUUCGAGUUUGCUUGCGAGAAGGGUGUUGUGACGCUGCAGUUUGACAAUGUGACGGUGAAUGGUGUUCGACACCAUAUCGAGUUCGAUGGCAAGGGAGUAGUCCCCGAAGUAGCAGAAUUCGCGUCGACUGUUCUUAAUGGUCGUUCUGUCGCAGAGAGACAGUCACCAGAGCAAGCUUUGGCCGAUUUGGAGGCGUUGGAGCAGAUGUUGGAGAGUGGUAAGACGAAUGGGGAACGGAUGAUGCUUCAUUUCCAGGUUUAGAGUAAUUUAGGCUUGAACAAAUAGAAGCUCGUUUCCUG